AUGUCAACUAGCAGCAGCACCCAUCAAAACGCUAUUCAACUUGAUAAAUUCCACGCUACCGCACAAUUACCACGUCCGAUUUGUCUCACAGUACCGAUACAAAGUGAACAGGAUCAAAAUGUAUGUGUAACGAUAGCGAUGAAUAACAGAGGUAAAAAUGUUCCAAAUUUGACACGUAACGUUCAACUGGAUAUGACACAAGAACAUCAGUACUGCUACACGUAUGUGUAUGCACUUUCGACAAAUGUAAUACAGCGACAAGAACCACUAUGA